UCACAGCGUGGCCAGGCGGCCGGUCGGCGGCAACCCAGCGCGGACCAAGUGGACUAACCACAGCUGCGCUCUGGACCAGCCGUUCUGUGGGAACCGUCACGUGCGAAUCGAUGGCCGAGGAGUGGAGGAAGGGACUUUGUCACGGCCUAGGCAGACAUACGAUGCACAAAUGAAGACAGAGAUACCUCUGCUGUGGGCAUUGCUGGUCAUUCUCAUGGUGUGUCAAGGAACAACCCCAAACCCAGACCCUGCUGCUUCUGCUGCGCCUGGGAUUGUGUUACCUCCACGGUGGGCCCGUGACACUGCACGCAACCCAUGUGCUCUGCAAGGAUGGCAGCUGGUGCUAUGGCCAGCUGAUGGCCACUGCUACCGAGUGUUCCAACAGGGUCCCUGUCCAGUGGGCCAAGAGCUGGUGGUAAGCCUACAAGGGGAGCCACUGUGUCGCUGCCUACCGGGCCAUCUCCGGGUCCCAGAACUUACUGGUCAUGUCUGCUAUCCUGCACACCAACGCGGGCCUUGUCCCUUUAACCACUACCUACAACCUGCUGUGACACAUUCGGACAUCGGAGAGUGUAUCGCUGUAGCAACGUGCCCUCUAGGGCAAGCAGUGUGGCCCCCUUCUGGCCAGUGCUACAAGCUGCAGCAACCUCCAGCCAGAGGACCUUGUGCCUGGGGUGAACUACUCCAGCAGGAUGCUGAGAAUCCAGCUCUGGCAAAGUGUGGCUGUAAACCUCAAACCCUUGGUUAUCACAGACAGACAAGGUCUUGCCAUCAGUUGUUCACCAAAGGUCCUUGUAUGGAGGGCCAUAUCCUACUUCCUGAUGGAAAAUGUGGCUGUCACAAGGGUCUGCAGCAGUAUCAUGCUUCUACACAAACCUGCCACACGUUAGGACACCGUGGGCCCUGUCAGCAUGGCCAGAUACUGAUGGCUGACUCAUCUGGGUCAUCAGCACAGUGCCAGUGCAGCACUGGCCGUGUGAGUGUACACGGUGCUGCACCAGGAUGCUGGCGACCACUUUCACGAGGACCUUGUCGUCGGGGAUUUGUUGUCUUUGAGAACGAGGGAGGGAAAGGAAUGUGUGAACCUGAACCCUGCCCUCAAGGGCUGCUGCUACAUUUAGAAUCUAGAACUUGCCAUCACCCAGGGACAGAGCACCCAUGUCCCAAGGGAAAGAGGCUCCUAUUUUCUGAUGCUGAUCCUGGCGAUGUGUCAUUUCUAGGGAUAUGCGACUGUCCUAUGACUCACGGAUGCAUAACAGAAGAAACUCAAGUAGCACAUAAAACAGAAAAUUCAGAGCUGGAGGCUAGUAAAUCUACUAUCAGUCUGCAAAACAGAAAAGGAAAAACAAUAAGUGACUUUUCAGCAGACCAAAGAGAUACGCACAUUUUACAAAAUGAGUCAAAAAACAUCACGAAUGUUGGCAUACGACAUCUAGGGAACCUUCACCAUCGUCAUAAGCAACACCGUUACCUUCCAUUCAUCCAUUAUGAUAGAAACAAUGAACAUAUGAGGCACCAGGGCACUUUACAACAUCAAACUGCAGAGCAACAAAAACAGUACAGUGCUGACCAGGUUCCACAGGUGGCUAUUACUGAUUACCAGUAUAAUGCUACACAAAUAUUAGAAGACAUUCAUAAGCACAUUGAAUUCAAAUCAGUAACAAUACCACAUAUUUCAUAUAAGAAUGAGUCAAAUAACACUUACAAACAGGAACAAAUACUGAAAGACAUACAGAGACACUUCCCGACACCGAUUUUAAACAUAGACCAAGAAAAGUCAUAUAUCAAAGGUGUGGAAUAUUAUGAUAACACACAUGAAACAGGAAGUAGUUCAGAAGGUGUACUUGAAACACAGGAAAUAACUAAUGCAUUUCUUGGUACAGUAAUUCCCAAGCCUAAAACAGAUAAACUGCCACUCCAUGUAGUGAAAGGUUCCACUGCACACAGACAAAUUGAUGCCAGCCAAAAACAAACUACUAAUUCAUGUGAAAAUGUUGGCUGGGCCCUUUGGUUAGGUCAAUGUUACAAGCUAUAUGAGCGGGGGCCAUGCCAACACGGUGCCUGGCUGGUGCCAGACAUAAGACAACCAGAAGAUAAACUGCAGAAUCAGCCUCUUAUAGGGCGAUGCGAGUGCCAACCAGGUUAUCACCAGUCUGAUAUCCAAGGAGAUUGUCGGUCCCAAUUAGUGGCUAUCUCCACUUACCUUUCACACAUUAAAAACAUGAACUCUGGUGAAUGACAAACACUAUGAUUGAGGUGUAUGCCAGCAUAUAAAACUAAGAAUGGUACAAAAUAGGCACUCAGUUUUCAUUUAAGAUACACUGAAUUAAGGUAUGAACAGCUAACUCAAAUGUCUUUCAAUUACACUAUUCCGAGAGAGAGAGAGAGAGAGAGAGAGAGAGAGAGAGAGAGAGAGGGGUUAGUACUGACAAGUUAGAGUGGUGACAGAAGAGUUUCAAUUUCAUGUACCUUAAACUGAAUACAAAAGAAUGUUUUAUCAAUAGAAGAAACCCUUGUACCUCUUAAGAGUUCCUACAAUUCAAGCUUGAUUGAAGUAAUAUUUACCUCAUCAGCCUGGCAUAAUUAAAAGAGCAUAAUGUCUGUGAUAUGUACAUAAAACAUAAAUAAAUGUGUAUACAUGUUAUUUAUACUCACUCUA